CUGCUGAUAACCUCAGACAGAGAGCAGAAAGAAGAACUACUGAGUGCUGUGCAAAAGUGUAAUAGUAAUAUUCUUUUAAGAACUCAGACAUUGCUUUUCUCAAAAGCCGACAUGAACACCACCACUGAGGAGGCGGGGGAGCUACAGGUGGUAAAGUCACUGCAGGUGUACGCUGUGCUCUUUGGCUGCAUCAUGGCCCUUGGUCUGCCUCUCAACGCUGUUUCUCUGUGGAUUCUGCUUCGCCAUCACAGCCUCAAGUCACCCAACGCCGUCUUCAUGGUCAACCUGGCAAUCUCAGACCUGCUGCUCAUCAUCUCCUUGCCGAUGAGGGUCUAUUUCUACGCAACAGGUAACUGGCCUUUUAGCAGCACAGUAUGCCUCAGUAUAAGGAGACUCUUUAUCACUAACAUCCGCUCCAGUUCCAUCUUAAUCACCUUCAUCAGCGUGGACCGGCUGCUGGCUGUAGUUUAUCCUCUGAGGUCACGGCAUGUUCGAACCUCAACCAACGCCUGGAAAGGUGCUGGAUUCACUUGGCUCAUUUUGUUGGUGGUGAAUAUCGAAGCGAUGGUGACGUUUUCAGGACAACCACAAAACAACCACACUUGUUUUGUACCAUCUGGUGCUGGUCCUCAAACAUUACUAGACACUUACCUUCAACCUGUGUUAAUGCCCACCCUGCUGGCAGUCAAUGUUGUGUGCACUGCUAUGGUGUUGUGGACUCUACGCAGUCAUCUCAGUGACUCUGCAAAGGUCAAGAACAAGUUGAAUGUAAUGCUGAUUUUUGUGCUGAACUUGCUCAUAUUUACUGUAUGUUUCUUACCUGUGUCAUUUAGUAGUGUUACAGGGUUACAGCGUUUGCCAUUGAUAUGUCUUGCUACUGCGAACUGCUGCCUGGAUCCACUGUUGUAUUAUUUUUCUUUUGAUGCUUUCUGGAAGAAAAAAGAUGUGGAACCAUCAUGAGAACAGUAGAAAAAGAACAUAUUUACAUGAGGUGGUGUCAGAUCUCCAGUGGGAUGUUGCGGUUUUCCUGUUUUCCUGCAAAAUAUGUGGCAUGGGAUGUACAUUUGGCGACAAGCUAGACUAUGUGAUGCUUUUAUAUUUGUCUUUUUACCAAGAAACCAAAAAUUUGUGUAUCUUCAGUAAAUGUGUGUGAAGCUUAGAGCAAGAUAGAUGGAGAACAGGCUUACUGACUUUGUGGUGUCACAUUUUAGUUGUGCCUAUGGACUGCAAAAUCACAGUUUCACAUCCACAGAGAGACCAACCAGGUUUAGACAAACUAUCUUAAAAUGAGCACCUUGGUGUUUUGGGAAAUAUACUUACACACAGUCUUAGGAAAACUGAUGCCACUCUUGUGUAGUUAUUGUAAAUAUAAAUGUAGAGGAAGUGCUUUAAGCACAAAAACCUAGCACAGGAACAAAGACCCAAUGAUGGCAUGAAGCCACACUUUCUGACAAGGGGUCAUUGAACAAGUGAGAGCCAUGGUUAUGACAGUUCAUAAUAUAACUUGUAACCCUGAAAAAUCUCAAAGAUGUAACUUUUUGUAUUUUAAAGAUGCUGGCAAACAAUUUUUUCCUUCUUUUUAAAAUUUUCUUUAGCUGCUUAUGAGUUCUUAUUUAUUGUACAGACACGACUGUUCUUCUCAGCAUUUACCAGAAGGUAAAAAGACCUUUGACAUAGUUUAUCAUGAUGCAUUCAAGACUAGUGCUAAUUAUAUUCCUCUUCACUGUAUGAUGAUGUUGGGGAUCGUCUCUCUCUGUAAAGAGUAACGUCUAAUUGCUGAAGUUUGACUCACUCUUAUC